CUCGGUUAGCAGAUGGAUCCAGAAAGUCCUCCACAGUCCGGUUCUGUGGACAGAGCUGAGCUGGACCGGCACUGUCAAACACCGGAAGUCGACGUAAAGACGGAGCUGGAGCUGAGAAAAGAAGGUGUCUGAAAAGUGAUCAUUGGUGAAAAAGAGGAGCAGGAGUGGAGCUCCAGUGUGGACCAGGGGACCCAGACAUUAAAGACGAACAGGAGGAGGUCUUCAUCGCCCAGCUCACUUCCAGCCACUUCCAGCCCUGCCCCUGUGAAGAGUGAGGAGAAUGAAGAGAAACCUGAAUCCUUACAGCUUUAUCACAGCCAGACUGAGGAGGUCAGUGACUCUGUGGAAAGACCAGAGGCUGAUCCAGAUCUACAGCCUGACGGGAAAACUUCAGGCUCUUCAGACAGAUGUCAGUGAUUCUGAUGAGUGUGAGCAGAGCCGUGAACCUGCAGCGCCUCGGGCAUCAGGUGAUGCUGAUGAGAAACCAUUUGGCUGCUCUGUCUGUUGUAGAAAAUUUGGUCACAGCAGAAAUCUGAGCAGACACCUGAGAACCCACACAGGAGAGAAACCUGUCAGCUGCUCUCAGUGUGGAAAAAGAUUUGAGGACAGUGGAAACCUGCAGAGACACUUGGGGAUUCACACGGAAAAGAAACCGUUCAGCUGCUCUGAGUGUGGACGAAGCUUUAAAGACAAGACAACGCUAAUAAACCACCGGAGGACUCACACGGUGGAGAAACCAUUCAGCUGCAAGUUCUGCAGUAAAACGUUCACACACAGCGGGAAUCUGAAACAACACCUGUGCAUCCACACGGGAGAAAAACCCUACAGCUGCUCCAGGUGCAGCAAAACUUUCGGCCGCAACGCCGACCUCAAUUCUCACAUGUUGAUCCAGACGGGACAAAAAGCUUUCAGCUGCUCCGAGUGUGGGAGAAGAUUUACUCACAGCCGGAGUCUCAAACAGCAUCUGAAGAGUCACGCUGAAGAGAAAGCCUUCAGCUCCUCGCUGUGUGGGGAAAGAUUUUAUAACGUCACACAUGUGAAAAAGCACAUGACGGCUCAUGUGAGAAAGUCAUUUAUCACAGGAAAGAACAUCAGCUGCUCCGCAGACUGAUGAAGCUCCGAAUCAACCAGGAGCUAAACAGGGUGUAGGUUUGGUCUCAUUUUAACACAGACACAAAA